CGGGCGGGGCGGGGCCGGCGGUAGCUCCGCCCUCUCCAGGAUGGCGGCGCCGGAGCAGCCGCCGCCCGAGGGCUCGAAGCCGCUGAGCGGGCUCCUCGGCGGCAUCGCCCAGGCCGCCUACUACGGCAACGCCGACAUCACGGAGGAGCUGCUGCGCGGGCAGCUCUACCCCGAGGCGGCGCCCGAGGAGUUCCGUGCCCUGCGCGCCAAGAUGGGCGGCCUUCUGCAGUCAAUUGCUUCAGCGGACAUGGAUUUGAAUCAGCUGGAUCCUUUUCUCACUGCCCAAACCAAAAAACAAGGUGGCAUCACAUCUGAUCAAGCUGCUGUCAUUGCAAAAUUUUGGAAGAACCACCGAAUGAAGAUCCACGAGAGCCUGAUCAAUCAAAGCCGUUGGGAUAAUUUCUUGAAAAACAUGAACUGGCGAGUGGAUCUGAAGUCGCAGUCAAGACACGUUGAUCAGAUAAACACCCCUGUUGCAAUAGUUGAAAUGGAACUGGGAAAAAAUGGGCAGACCCAACCAGAGCUGUAUACCAGUGUCCCUAAGAAAGUGUCAGCGGAAUAAGCAGGAAUCGGAGUUUCUCUGUCUGGAGUUUGAUGAGGCCAAGCUGAGCCAGAUGCUGAAGAAACUCUCAGAAAUCGAGGACAGCAUGACUUUGUUGACUCAGACAACUUAACAAAAUAAAGAGGUUUCAACUCAGAAAACAAA